AUGGCUAACCGAAAUAUGCAACAAGGGAGCAUGCAAAGCAACAGCUCUCCUCAACCGGCAAAACGCGGGACCGACUCCCCGGCCGCGGAGCAGUUGCCGCCGAACAAAGGCAGCCCAGCGCAGCCGCCGCAGCAGCAGCAGCAGCAGCAGCAGUCUCCCGCGGCCGAACAAGCGGAAGGUGCCGGCGACGGUAGUGGAGAGGGCCUGGCAGAAAUGACGCUGGAUAUAACGAGCUUUCGGAAGCCCGGUGAGAAGACAUUCACCCAGCGAUGUCGUCUCUUUGUCGGGUGUCUCCCGGUGGAUAUACCGGAGGAUGAGUUCAGAAACAUGUUUGCUAAAUAUGGGAAAGUUAACGAGGAGUUCAUCAACAGAGACCGGGGAUUCGGCUUCAUUCGCUUGGAAACCCGCACGCUGGCGGAGAUUGCCAAAGCUGAGCUGGAUGGGACGAUUCUGAAUAAUCGGCCGAUCAGGAUCCGCUUUGCUGCACACGGUGCAGCCCUCACGGUUCGCAACCUGCUGCCUGCGGUAACAAACGAACUCCUGGAACAGGCGUUUUCUCAGUUCGGGCCAUUGGAACGGGCCGUUGUCGUGACGGAUGACCGCGGUCGUCCCACUGGGAGAGGCAUCGUGGAGUUCACAAACAAAGCGGCGGCGCGUAAAGCCCUGGAGCGCUGCACCGAGGGAGCACUGCUGCUGACCACCACACCUUGUCCAGCCAUUGUGGAGCCCUUUGAGUACUUUGAUGAUGAGGAUGGAAUGCCUGAAAAACUGCUGCAGAAGACUCCAAAGUACCACAAGGAACGAGAGCAGCUGCCACGUUUCGCCCAGCCUGGGACAUUUGAGUUUGAAUACUCGUCUCGCUGGAAAGCUCUCGAUGAGAUGGAGAAGCAGCAAAGAGAGCAGGUGGACAGGAACAUUAAAGAAGCUAAAGAGAAACUGGAGGCUGAGCUGGAGUCGGCCAAACAUGAACAUCAGCUCAUGUUAAUGAGACAAGAUCUAAUGAGACGUCAGGAGGAGCUGAGGAGACUGGAGGAGCUUCGUAACCAGGAGCUGCAGAGACGAAAGCAGAUAGAGAUGAGACAUGAGGAGGAGAGGAGGAGGAGAGAGGAGGAGAUGAUGAGACACAGAGAACAGGAGGACCUGAGACGCCAACCAGAAGGCUUCAAACCAAACUUCCUGGACAAUAGGGAACAGGAAAUGAGAGUGGGUGAGCUGGGCCCUCGUGGAGCCAUUAAUAUGGGAGAUGGCUAUAACCAGGCCUCUGCAGGGCCCAGUGGUAACCAGGGUCAAAUGAUGGGCAUGAGUGGAAGGGGAGGAGCCAUUGGCCCAGAGGGAACUGCAAAAAUGGGCACACCAUUGAUGUCAGAGAAUGGAGCCAUGCGAAACGAUAGAUACCCGCAGGGUGGAUCAAUGGGGGGCCGGCCAGAAGUUGAUUCCCCAAAGCAACAGCAGCCGACGCCGCAGCAGCAGCAGCCAACGCAGCAGCAGCCGCAGCCGCAACAGCCGCAGCAGCAGCAGCAGCCGCCGCAGCAGCCGCUGCAGCAGCAGCAGCAGCAGCAGCAGCAGCAGCCCCCACCAUUGGGCCCCCAAGUUGGACCAGCCACAGGAUUUGGCAGGGGGAACCCAGUAGGGGGAGUCUUUGAUGGGCCAAAUAACAAGCGCCGCAGAUACUAACUUCUCCAGGUUUUCAAGGGUCUUUGUUUGUGCCCCUGCCUAGUUUUUCUUUUUCUGUUUUUGUAAUGACCUAGUUGUUGACCUGCUACCCUCCCUAUGACUUGCACAUGUUUGCUGAAAAAAAUCUGACAGAUUUUUUGUUAGUUUUGGGGUCAGUUGGAGUUUUUUUUUUUUUUUUUUUUUACAUUUUUCUUCGUGUGUUCUGAAGUGCUCAAUGAGGGGCACUUAUUUUGUGAUUGAUAAAAUUACAGAAUAAUGCUUUGCAUCCAGUUAUCUGAAAUGUUUAUACAUAAUAUUUUACACAGUAUACGUUUCUCCUCUCUGUUUUCUGAAUGAAACAGCUUUUUUGUGGGCUGAAUAGUGAGUGUGAAAACAACUUUCAUAGCAUGUCGGAGAAGGCUUUUGCAGUUGCUAUGGAUGCCAUUGCGUUGGAUACACUUUUUAAGCUGCUCUAGGGGAGUGUCAGAUUUGCAGAAUGAUUAAUUAGAUUGCACAUUGAUUAGAUUGCUGAUGUCUGAAAAACAUUCCUGGCAGUAAAGCAUCUUAACAAUAACUACUGUACGUUCAGUCAUAUAAUGCCUUAGUUGCUAGAUUUUGUUUUUGUUGCAUUUGAUAGUGGUCCUCCCUUCAAACAUACUCUUAAUCUUAGCUAAUUAUAUGUUGAAUCAUACCGUAAGUAAAAGUUAUGGCUUCAGUGCUGUCCUGUAUUUGAUUGGUUAAGAGAAAUAAAACAUUUGUAGGAAGCUGUGUUUCUUUGUGA